CACGUCCCGGACGGCGGAGGUCCCGAGCGCCGAAUCCCUCCGCCGGGCGAGAGAAGCGGCCAUGGCGUCUUCGCGGGUGCCGGAACGGAAACCGGAGCCGCCGGCGGAGCGUCCGGAGCCCGGGGGCGGAGAGGCCGGCGGCGGGGGAAACUGGCGAGCGUCGGCCGAGGAGCUGGUGGAGGUGGUGGUGGUGCAGCGCUUCCAGUGCCGGCGGUGCCCCUUCCGCAGCGCCGCCCGCCAGACGCUCCUGCGCCACGUGCAGCGGAGGCACCUGCAGCCAGGCAGCAUCCCUGGACCAAAGAGGGGCCGCCCGCGCAAGGGGGCUGCUGUGCCAGAGGCCAAGCCAGAGGAGGAGGAAGUGGAGCAACAGGAGGAGGACGACAUAGUGGACGCUGGCGCCAUCGAUAACCCUGAAGUGGACAGCGACUACAACCCGGCAGAGGAUGAGCCCCGAGGACGCCCGCCCAGGAUCAGCCGCCCGCUGCCCCCAUCCCCCAAGCAGGGACUGCGGCGGCGGCCCGGGAGGCCCCGCAAGUUCCCCCGCCUGGAAGAGCCCUCCCGGCCGGAGGGUGGUGAAGCGGAGGUGGCCGUCUCCUCGCUGUGUGUCCUGCAGGGGAACCCGCAGAACUCCGAGGCGGCCAGCUCCUCGGGCUCCCUCCUUGAUGGCGCCGGUCGCCUGGCGGAAGUGGCGGUGGGCCAGUCAGAUUCGGAGAACAGGGACCCGUCCUCCCACGGCCAGCCCGAAGUGCUUCCCCGCCGACGAGGCCGGCCCUCCCAUCGGUUCCUGGGCAAGAAAUACCGCAAGUACAUGGGUCGAAGGUACUGCUACAAGUCCGCCAAGCCGUUGAUGCGGCCCUACCUGUGCCGGAUCUGCAGCUCCCGCUUCCUGACCCACGAGGACCUGCGCUUCCACGUGAACUCCCACGAGGCCGGGGACCCCCAGCUAUUCCGCUGCCUGCAGUGCAGCUACCGCUCUCGGCGUUGGUCCUCUCUGAAGGAGCACAUGUUCAAUCACGUGGGGAGGAAGCCCUACAAGUGCGAAGAGUGCGAUUACACCAGCGUGUACAAGAAGGACGUCAUCCGCCACUCUGCUGUGCACAACCGCGACAAGAAGAAGCGAACCGACCCGGCUCCCAAGCGGAGCUCCUUCCCCUGCCCGGUCUGCGGCCGAGUCUACCCCAUGCAGAAGCGGCUCACCCAGCACAUGAAGACACACAGCUCCGAAAAGCCUCACAUGUGUGAUAAGUGCGGGAAGUCCUUCAAGAAACGCUAUACCUUCAAAAUGCACCUGCUGACCCACAUCCAGGCGGUGGCCAACCACAGGUUCAAGUGUGAGUUCUGCGACCACGUUUGUGAGGACAAGAAGGUGCUGCUCAACCACCAGCUGCUGCACAUCAACGACCGGCCCUUCCGCUGCAGCCUCUGCCCCUACGCCACGGUCCGUGAGGACUUCCUGCUCUCCCACACCGCUGUCAAGCACACAGGCGGGAAGCCCUUCGGCUGCGACCUCUGCCACUUCUCCACCAAGCACAAGAAGAACCUGCGUCUCCAUGUCCAAUGCCGCCACCCGGAGAAGUUUGAGGAGUGGGUGCAGCACCAUCCGGAGGAGGGGCCCUGCCGCCGCCGCCCCUUUUUCACCGUUCAGCAGAUCGAGGAGCUGAAGCAGCAGCACUGCCAGGACCAGGAGGCCCCCAAGGCCCCCAUGCCCAGCCCGCCCGUGCCAGGACCCCCCGACCCUCCCGAGGAGCCCUUGCAGGGCGCCAUCCUUCUCUUUGAGCCAGAGGUGGAGGGCUCGGCAGAGGUGACCACCCAAACCGCCCUGGACCUCCUGCUGAACAUGAGCGGCCAGCGGGAGCUACCGGCCAAUGCCCUGGAGGUGGCCGUGGUGAAGACGCCCUUGGAUUCCCAGGGCCAGGAGGAGGAGGAGGAGAUGCAGACCGGCCUGCUGACCGCCCAGGGGACAGAGCAAAGGGGGGCCCUCAUCCAGCCCUCCAUGGGCGCUUCCGAGGUCCAGCACAUCACCGUCCCCUUCUGCAGCGCCUCCGAGUACAGCGUGGUCUCUGCCAGUGGGGAGAUUGCCGGCACGCUGUACGGCAGCAAGGAGGAGGCCCCUGGUGAAGCUGUGCAGGCCGUGAUCCAAGACUCCCUGAAGGAGGGCCCCACAGUGCUAGAAGGGCUCCAGCAGCACCAGCACCCACCGCCUUCUGGGGAGCAGGUCAACGGGGAGCCCCUGUCGACCGUCCAGUGGCCGGUGGUGCGCUGCCUGACCUGGCAGGCCCCGGAGCAGCCGGAGCCGGAGGCCAGCGGUGUCCCUCUGGUCCCGGCAGAGCAGUCCUCGGGCCAGGCUCCCCCAGCCAAGAAGCCCCUGCCGGGCCAGGCCCCCCCAGCCAAGAAGUUCUCCUGCAAGAUCUGCAGCGCCACCUUUGCGGGCCGAGCGGAGAUGGAGAGCCACAAGAGGGCCCACGUGGGGCCCAGCGGCUUCAAGUGCCCCGAUUGCCCCUUCACAGCCGCCGCCUGGCCAGAGGUCCGGAGCCACCUGGAGCAGCACUCCAGCCUCCGGCCCCACAAGUGCCAGCACUGCAGCUUUGCCUCCAAGAACAAGAAGGACCUGCGUAGGCACACGCUGACCCACACCAACGAGAAGCCCUUCGCCUGCCACAUCUGCGGCCAGAGGUUCAACCGGAAAGGCCACCUCAAGUUCCACAUGCAGAGGCUGCACAGCUCCGAGGGGAGGACGGCCUCCGAGACCAUCCCUGCUGCCCCCCAGACCAUCAUCCUGAACAGCCAUGAGGAGACCCUGGCCACGCUGCAGACAGCCCUGCAGUCUGGCCCAGAGGGGCUCCAGCAGGCCCUGGAGCAGGAGCACAUGAUCGUGACCCAGGAGGAGGAGGACCCCAACGAGGAGGAGGCCACCUACAUCCAGGAGAUCAUGGCCACGGCAGACGGGCAGAUGGUGCAGCACCUGGUGACCACCGAGAACCAGGUGCAGUACAUCAUCACCCAGGAGGGCGUCCAGCAGCUGCUGCCCCACGAGUACGUGGUGCUGCCUGAGGGCCACCACAUCCAGGUGCAGGAUGGCCAGAUCACCCACAUCCAGUACGAGCAAGGCGGCCCGUUCUUGCAGGAGCCCCAGAUCCAGUAUGUCCCGGUGUCCCCCGGGCAGCAGCUUGUCACGCAAGCCCAGCUGGAGGCCACGGGACAGUCGGCAGUGGCAGUUAUUGGGGGGCCCGGGAGCAGCAAGGAGACCCCCGCAGAGCAGGAGCUUUUGCCCGUCACCUUGGGCCAAUCUGCAGCUGGUUUGGGCAAAGGAAAAAACCCCGGUUGCCUCUUCUGCACAGCAGUGACGGACGUGGCCGUGGCUCCCUUCAGCACGGAGUCUGGGUCGGAGCAACUGCAGCCGGGCAUCCACUAUGACAUCAUCACCGUCGCAGAGUGACCAGACUUUGCUGCCCGAAGGGUCGACCUCUUUGUUGGCCCUUGGGGGCAGCCCAGAUGGCCGGCUGGGCUCAAGGACCAGACUUCCCUCCGGAUUGUACCUCUGGCAACCGGUCAGCUUCAGCUGCUGCUCGUACUCGGCUACCCUGCAGGUCGGGGGGGGAGCCUCUUCCCAGGGACCCCCUGGAAGUGGGACGCCCAGCCCAAGGCUCAAGUCAGCAGCCUCGCCCGAGGACUGCCUGGUGUACGCGCUGCUGAAUAAAAAGGACCCACCAGG